CUCUUCAUCCAACACGAUCAUCUUGCCCAUCUCAUCUCAUCAUGCCUAGACCUUUUUAGCACAUUCAAAAUACCUUGCAACUUGUUUCUCCUAUCCUCUAUCGACACGGUACCUAGAGAUGGUGGUUCCCUCGUGAAUUAGUAGGAGGGAGGCUGUAGUGUCGAAUUGGGUGGGGGAAGGGUGCCAGCGACUGAUGUCGAUGAGCCACCACUGCACCCCACUCUCCUCCGUCAUCCCCACCCCAAUACCGAGAGUGGAAGCAUCGCCCUUCACCUCCACCUCAUCCUCUGCAUUAAUCGCCACUGUGACCUUGAUCUAGACUCGGAUUGGGGCCUCUGCCAUCGCCGCCGCAGCCUGGACGCAGAUCUGGGUCGUUGCGGCCUUAGUACAAGACGAGGAGUCAGAAGCAGACGGAAGCCAUGGAGAAGAAUCUAGCAGAUUUAUCCCAACUCCUUCCAUCCUUGCAAGUGCAAAAUGAGUCCAUCAAAGUGGCUCUGGAGGAGAAUACCGCAGUGGUACGUGAUCUCUCUGCUUGGAAACCUCGGAUUGAAACUGACGUGAGCAAUCUAUGGGAGGAUUUGGGUCAUCUUUCUGACAAGGUGGAUGAAUUACUGGCUGGGCGAGGCACACCACAACUUGAACUGAAGGUGUUUGAUCAUUUGCCGCUACUAGUUCAAGCGUCAGCACAAGCUCUUUUGGUGAAUCUGGAUCAUGCUACUUCACACCGGAGUGAUGGUUUUCGGGUGGUCACUACCCUAAGACCACCUCCGGUCACAGGAGGAAAUCUACACUUGGGCAACAUUGCUACAACUCGUAGAUUAACUGAUACUACUGGGAAUCUCACCACCUCUCGAUUGCCUUCACUAGCUGUUCUAUCUCAGGCUUCUUCAGUUGGGGAUGUCAAGCAUCACAAAGAAGUCAGUAAAAUUGGUUUGGAUGAACACAAAGCUGCAACUCUGAUGGCUUUUAGAAAAGCUAAGGGCCUUUGUUACAAAUGUGGGCUUCGUUGGGGUCCAACACACAAAUGCAGUACUACUGUCCCUUUGCAUGUGGUGGAGGAACUCUGGCAGCUAUUGGAUACAUCUGGGACUCAGGAAAAUAUUUUAGAGCCAACUAAAGAAUCUAGUGAUGAUUUAAUGACCUUAUCGGUGAAUGCGGUGCAAGGUAUUGAAGCCCCACAAACGGUGACAUUAAUUGCAUCCAUGUUCUCCAAAAUAGUGGUUAUGCUUGUGGAUUCAGGUAGUUCAUCCUCUUUUAUUAGCUAGCUCUUGGCAGCUUUUGGUCCUGGAUUAGUAGCUCUAUCUCAGUCUGUUAUUGUCAAAGUGGUGAAUGGUCAAGUUAUAUGUUGCACUCAUCAAAUUCCUCGAUGUCAAAUGAACAUUCAAAGCCAUAUCUUGUGUGUUAACCUCAAGGUGUUACCUCUACAGUGUUAUGAUGUCAUCUUGGGUAUGGACUGGCUAUCUUCCCACAGCCCGAUGCAGGUUCACUAGCAGGAGAAAUGGUUAUGUUUUUACCAUGAGCAGUAGCUGGUAAUUCUACAAGGUCAGCGAACUGAUUGCUCCAAGUUGGAACAAGUGUCAGCCUUUCAGUUAUAUCAUAUGGCACGGUUGGAUGAGUUAUGGUGUACUAUGGAAGUGCAACCAAUUCUAGAAACGCCCAACAUACAACAUCUUUCUCAGGAGAUCAAAGGCCUUCUAUUGAAUUGACCUCCUUAUUUGACCCACCCAAACGCCUACCUCCUCCCAGAUCUCAUUGCCACACCAUAACUCUCAUCCCUGGAGUGGUACCCUUUUGUCUUCAUCCCUAUCAUUACAACCCAGCUCAAAAGGACGAAAUUGAGAGACAAAUAGUUGAACUCCUUAAGAAUGGGAUGACACAACCUAGUUGUAACCCCUUUGCGUCUCCUGUUAUCUUAGGUCGCAAGAAAUAGUUGACUGGAGAUUAUGUGUUGACUACCGUUGCCUCAAUGCCAUUACAGUGAAGAACAAAUAUCCCAUUCCAGUAAUUGAUGAAUUAUUGGAUGAAUUGCAAGGAGUGGUAUGGUUCACUAGUUUGGAUCUGAGCUCAGGGUAUCACCAAAUCCAAAUGGACCCAAAAGACAUCCAGAAAACCACAUUUCAAACUCAUAGUGGACAUUAUGAGCAUCGAGUCAUGCCAUAUGGAGUAACUGGAGGUCCGGCUACAUCUCAACUUGCUAUGAACUCAGUGCUUGCACCAUUCUUUCGCAAGUGUGUGGUUGUCUUUAUUGACCAUAUUUUGAUCUUUAGUGCUACAUGGGUUGAUCAUAUACAACAUAUACAUGUUGUUUUCUCUGUAUUGGACCAGCACCAAUUCAAGAUCAAGCUAUCCAAAUGCUCCUUUGCUCAGAAAAAACUACACUAUCUGGGUCAUGUCAUCAGUAAUGAAGGUGUGGCAAUCCAAGGUAGCUAUUAUUCAGUCAUGGCCUACUCCCAAAUCAGUCAAAGAAGUGCGUAGUUUCAUGGGGCUAGCAGGUUACUAUCGUAAAUUCGUCUAACGUUUUCGAAUUCUGAGUCGACCAUUAACUAUGCUGCUAAAAAAGGGACAAGUCUUUGUAUGGACACUUGAUCAUGAACAAGCGUUUCAUAUGUUGAAAAAUGCCCUAAUGAUAACUCAUGUGUUGGCUCUUC